GUACGGUUGUCAUAGUUACGGGAUCCAGUAACACUAUCAUCAUGGAGGGAGAAAAAGGUAAAGAAACUCCUGCAAAAUCCCCUGAACCAUCUCCAGAGAAAGAGCGCACCACCACCACCAGUAAGGGAGCACAAGAUGAUCACAGCAAUUUUGAAAAUUUGGAGAAAGAUUUUCAAGAGAUUCUGAAAGAGUUAACGGGAGAUGAAAGUCUAAAGAAAUUUAAAAAUGAAUAUGAGAAACUGCACAAGGCACUCCAGAAAUCACACGAGAGCGAGAAACGCUUAAUGCAGAAAUGCAGAGAGCUAAAUGCAGAAAUAAUUGCAAAUGGAGCAAAGGUGACAACAGCACUAAAACUGUCACAAGAGGACAAGGCAACUAUUGUAAAUCUCAAGCAAGAGAUAGAAAAGCUUUGGCGUAUGGUAGACACAGCACACGAGAAAGAGUCAAGGGCUCGAGAUACAAUACACCAACUUAAACUUGAGAUUGCAAAUUUGACAAAACUAGUAGAGCAGGGAGCUGGAAUAACCUUUGGACCUGAUGAAAGUACACAAGAUCUAGUGAAGCAAAAAGAGGAACUAACAAGAGAGAGAGAUGAGCAACUGGAAGAGAUAAGUGUUCUUCGUAAAAGCCUCAGUUCAGCAAUGGACAAACAAAAGGAGGCAGAGAGGGACAGAGAAUCAGCUGAGCUAAGAGUUUUAGAACUACAAGAAGAAAUAACGGUAAAGAACCAAGAGCUGGAUAGAGAAAACAGGAGAAAAACUAAAUUAGAAAAAGACUUAAGAGUUGUGCAGACUGAAGUUGAGAACAAGACUCAAGAGGUGAAGAAUAAGCAAUUGCAAGUCCAGAAAGUUGAGGAGGAAUGCGUAAAAGUUGAGCAGUUACUGAGAGAAACAAGGAAACUUUAUGAAAACUCAGUCAAGCAAAAUGACACCUUAAACACAAUGUAUGAGAAGAAAAAGAAUGAAUACGACCAACAGGUGAACAGAAGUGAAGAACUAGCAGGACAAAAUGCAGAACACUUGGCAGAUCUGAAACUAAAAGAGGAUGAUAUUGGUAGUUUAAAGCAAGAGAUAAAUAGGAUCAAUAAACUUAGAGAAGGACUCCAAAGAAAACUGAGAAUAGUUGAAGAACAAAAAUCUGAUGUGGAGUCAAAGAGAGAUGCAUUGAAACAACAGCUAACAUCAGUUGAAAGAGAGUUGGAGCAGGCAAGGAAGCAAGCAGAAUUAGACAAAAAGUCAUUUGAUGAUUUAGUGAGGGAGAGAGACAUUCUAAGCAAAGCAUUACGUAAGUCAGAAGGCUCUACCGAGAGAUUGGAACAUUUGAUGAAAAUUAGAGACCAAUCAAUUAAAACUCUGCAACAGGAAAUUACGAAUUUUAAAGAAGAAGCUAAGAAACAAAGAAACCUUCUCCUACAGUUGGAGAGAGAUAGGGACAGGUAUGGAAAAGAAUCAACAGAUGCAACACAAAAGUGUCUCCUUCAGAUGGAAGAAGUAAAGAGGAAAGAACUAGAGAUGCUCCAGCAGAAGAAAAAGAUUGCAGAGACUGAGAGCAAACUGAAGCAACAGCAGACAUUGUAUGAAGCCGCUUGCAGUGACAGGAAUCUGUAUAGCAAACAACUGAUAGAGUCAAGAGAUGAGAUCACAGAUAUGAAGCGUAAAAUAAAGAUUCUUUCACACCAAAUUGAUCAACUAAAAGAAGAAAUAGCAGUAAAAGAUAGUGCAUUAGUUAAAGUGAAUGCUGACCUUAUGCACAUUGAAAGAGAGAAGGACAGCCUCAGUGCUGAAGUAUCAGGAAGAAAACAAGAACUUGAAGCAACUAGACAACUACUGGAGAGUCAGAGGGCAGAGGAAAGGAAAUUACGUAAGAUUUUGUCAGAGGCAAGUUCAGAAUGUGCAAGACAAAAGAAAGAAUUAGAGAAAGUAAUCAAUGAGAGAGACAUACUAGGAACUCAAUUGAUAAGACGUAAUGAUGAGCUCUCACUUCUUUAUGAGAAAAUAAAAAUACAGCAAUCAACACUCAAUAAAGGAGAGAUACAGUAUAACAGCAGAGUAGAGGACAUUAGGAUAUUAAAACUAGAAGUAAAGAAACUGAGGAGGGAACGGGGACUACUAACAAAGAGUGUAGCUAACAUUGAAGAACUAAAACGUGAGUUGUAUCACUGCCAGAGAGAGUUAUUGAGGGAGAGGACAAGAUGCAAAGCACUUGAGGAAGAACUUGAGAAUCCAAUCAAUAUACACAGAUGGAGAAAACUUGAAGGAGGGGAUCCUAGUACAUUUGAAAUGAUACAAAAGAUACACACACUCCAAAGGAGACUGAUACAAAAGACUGAAGAGGUGGUAGAGAAGGAGUUAAUGAUUCAAGAGAAAGAGAAGCUAUAUAUGGAAUUGAAGCAAAUACUGCAGAGACAGCCUGGACCAGAGGUAGCUGAACAAUUACAGAUCUAUCAACAAACACUAAAGGAUAAAACAAAACAAAUGAAGAGCAUGGCCAGUGAAUUGAAUAUGUAUGAAACACAAGUUGCUGAGCAUAAGAUGGACAUAGACAGGCUGGAACAAGAACUACAAGAAGUUAAGAAGAAGUACUACCUUCAAAAGAAGAAGGAGCAUAUGCAAAAGGAAAGGGAGAGGACACUAGCUCAUGGAUUAGCUCCUCCUAUAAUGCCACAGGCUCCUGCUAACAUGCCACGAUUCACUGGAGGAGGUUUCAAUCUAAAACAGAAUGUCAUUGUUUAAUUUUUGAACUACAAAAACUCUCCAUUGUUGUCUGUAUUGAUAGACAAGAACCACAAAAACUAAUUAGGAUAAUAAUUGUUAAUAAUAAUGUAUUUUAGUAAAAAUAA